AGAACAUUUCCGCUUCAUCCAUCUCCAUCUCGAACUGUACUCCUUCUCUCAUUCUCCUGUUUCUGAAGCACCCUCAUAAUCACCUUACAGUACCUCUACUCCCCCACCAUGGCGAUUCAAACAACAACUGGGUUGGCAGCCCGCCUGGUCGCCAGGCGCGCCGCAUUCCCCGCAUCUCGACGAAACUUCUGUGCCUCUCGUUCAGCUUUGAAAGAGAUUCAGGAGGCUUACAUUCUCAGUGGUGCUCGAACACCUACUGCUAAGUUCAACGGAUCCUUUGUCUCUGUAUCCGCUCCCGAAUUGGGUGCAGUUGCCAUCAAGUCUGCCGUGAGCAAAUCUGGCGUUCCUGUUGAGAAGAUUACCGAUGUCUACAUGGGCAAUGUUCUUCAGGGUGCAGUUGGUCAAGCGCCCGCUCGCCAGGCCUCCAUGUUCGCCGGACUCUCUCCUACAGUGGAAUCCAUGACGGUAAACAAAGUGUGCGCAUCUGGCCUCAAAGCCGUGGCCCUGGCCGCUCAAAACAUUCAACUCGGUCUCGCCGAGGCCCAGGUUGCAGGUGGUAUGGAGAACAUGUCACGCGUUCCUUACUAUUUGCCUCGAUCCACCCAGUUGCCACCCUUCGGAGAAAUCAAGUUACAGGAUGGUCUGAUCCAGGAUGGCCUGUGGGAUGUCUACAACCAGUUCCACAUGGGCAUCUGCGCUGAACAAACGGCUAAGAAGUAUGAGAUUACGCGUGAGGAACAAGAUCAGUACGCCAUUCAGUCGUAUCAGCGAGCGCAAGCAGCUUGGAAGGAGAAUAAAUUCGCGGAGGAGAUCGCCCCUGUUACCGUCAAAGGCAAGAAGGGAGAGACAGUCAUUGAACGUGAUGAGGGCUACGAGAACCUUCGAAUUGAUAAGAUGACCACACUGAAGCCGGCAUUCUUGAGGGAUGGCACCGGCACAGUGACCGCUGGCAACGCUUCCACCAUGAAUGAUGGUGCCUCGGCGCUCGUCCUGGGCAGCAAAGCUAUUGCACGUGAGUUCGCUCAGGGUAACCGGGCUCUUGCACGCAUCGUCUCUACCGCAGAUGCCGCCAUCGACCCAGUGGAUUUCCCCGUUGCCCCAGCCAAGGCCGUCCCCAUCGCCCUCGAGCGGGCAGGUAUCACUAAGGAUCAAGUCGCGGUUUGGGAGUUCAAUGAGGCCUUUGCUGCCGUCAUCAAGGCUAACGAGAAGAUUCUCGGUCUGCAGAAUGCUAGGGUCAACCCUCUUGGAGGAGCCAUUUCCCUGGGACACGCCCUGGGAAGCUCUGGCUCUCGUAUUUUGGUCACUCUUCUCCAUCAAUUGCAGCCUGGGGAGUACGGUGUGGCUGCCAUCUGUAACGGUGGUGGUGCUGCAACUGCAAUGGUUGUUCAGAAGCUGGAUCGGGUCGACUGAGCCAGAAGCCCGUUGAUUAACGUUCCUAUUGGUCCUCCUGUUCACAAAGUUCUUGGUCACCUCAAAAGCGACACGCCAUGAUUAUACCCACGCUCUGACCAGUAUUUCUUAGCAUGCU